AUGAGUGGAGCCGUUGUUGUUGCUAUUGCCGCUGCCAUCGGCAAUUUACUUCAAGGAUGGGAUAAUGCUACUAUUGCAGGAUCUAUUUUAUACAUAAAGAAGGAAUUUAAAUUAGAAAGUGAACCCACCGUGGAAGGCCUAAUUGUGGCUAUGUCACUUAUCGGAGCCACCGUGGUUACUACAUGCUCCGGUGCCCUGUCGGACUUACUUGGGCGACGCCCCAUGUUGAUCAUCUCCUCCCUCCUUUAUUUUCUGAGUUCUCUCGUCAUGUUCUGGUCUCCAAAUGUUUACAUACUCCUCUUUGCUAGACUUUUAGAUGGUCUCGGUAUUGGUUUGGCUGUUACCUUGGUACCCCUUUAUAUUUCUGAGAUCGCUCCUCCUGAGAUUAGGGGAUUACUCAAUACACUUCCACAGUUUACCGGUUCUGCUGGUAUGUUUUUCUCCUACUGUAUGGUCUUUGGGAUGUCACUCGCCAAUUCUCCCAGCUGGAGACUCAUGUUGGGUGUUCUUUCCAUCCCCUCUCUUUUUUACUUUGCACUCACCGUCUUCUUAUUGCCCGAGUCUCCAAGAUGGCUUGUCAGUAAAGGACGAAUGCUCGAGGCUAAAAAUGUUUUGCAGGGCCUUCGUGGAUGCCAAGACGUUUCCGGUGAGAUGGCUUUAUUGGUCGAGGGUCUUGGAACCGGUGCUGAUACAUCCAUAGAAGACUACAUAAUUGGUCCCGCCAAUGAAUUACCCGAUCAAGAGGAUCCCUCUAAGGCUAAAGAUCAUAUCACCUUGUAUGGGGCUGAACAGGGUCAGUCCUGGCUUGCCAGACCUGUUGCUGGACAGGGUUCCCUUGCCACGUUAUCUAGGUUAGGAAGCAUGGCAAAUCCAAGUGGUCUAGUCGACCCUUUGGUCACCCUAUUUGGUAGUGUCCAUGAGAAGCUCCCGGAAAAUGGAAGAAUGGGAAGCGCUCUUUUUCCACACUUUGGAAGCAUGUUCAGUGUUGGUGGAAAUCAUCCUAGGAAUGAAGAUUGGGAUGAAGAAAGCCUUGCUAGAGAGGGGGAUGACUAUAUCUCCGAUGCUGCUGCAGGUGAUUCUGAUGACAAUUUGCACAGUCCAUUGAUCUCACGUCAAGAAACUAGUACGGAUAAGGACCUGCCUCGUCAUGCACAUGGUAGCCUUUCAAACAUCAGGCAAGGUAGUAAUGUAGGAGAGCCUGCUGGGAGUGCUGGAAUUGGUGGUGGUUGGCAGUUAGCUUGGAAAUGGUCUGAACAUGAAGGCCCAGAUGGAAAGAAGGAAGGCGCUUUCAAGAGAAUAUAUUUACACCAAGAGGGUGGUGCUACUGGAUCUAGACGUGGCUCUGUCAUUUCACUUGCUGGUGAUUUUCCAACAGAUGGUGAUGCUGUACAGACUGCUGCUCUUGUGAGUAAACCAGCUCUUUAUAACAAGGACCUCAUGCAUCACCAGCCAGUUGGACCUGCUAUGAUUCAUCCAUCUGAAACAGCUGCAAAAGGGCCAAGUUGGAAUGAUCUUUUUGAACCGGGGGUGAAACAUGCAUUAUUCGUAGGGGUGGGACUUCAAAUUCUUCAGCAGUUCUCCGGUAUAAAUGGAGUCCUCUACUAUACACCACAAAUUCUUGAGCAGGCAGCUAUUGCCAUGAGGCUCAUGGAUAUUUCUGGCAGAAGGACUUUGCUGCUCACAACAAUCCCCAUCUUGAUAGUAGCUCUUCUGAUAUUAGUCCUAGGGAGUCUUGUGGAUUUGGGCAACACUGCAAAUGCAUCAAUCUCAACCGUUAGUGUUGUUGUUUAUUUCUGUUUCUUUGUCAUGGGAUUUGGGCCAGUUCCGAAUAUACUUUGUGCUGAGAUCUUCCCAACUCGAGUCCGUGGUCUCUGCAUUGCCAUAUGUGCUCUUACCUUUUGGAUAUGUGACAUCAUUGUCACCUAUUCACUCCCAGUUAUGCUGAAUUCUGUAGGCCUUGGUGGUGUUUUUGGUAUGUAUGCCAUCGUGUGCUUCAUAGCUUGGGUGUUUGUCUUCUUGAAAGUUCCAGAAACCAAAGGCAUGCCACUAGAAGUGAUCACUGAGUUCUUCUCCGUCGGGGCAAAACAGGCUGAGACAGCCAAUCAUAACUGA